AUGGAUACUUUGAAAUCCAUAAUAUUUACUUCAUUUUCAUCCUCUUCUUCUUCCUCCUCCUCUGAUGAGGAGUCUGAUGAUGAAUAUAUGAUUACACUUUUAGCAGCUUAUGAGCAGAAUACCAGUAGUAUGGUUCAAAUUCUUAAGUCAAGUGAUAGCUCAAAGAAAAUAAGGGGUUCUAUUGUAGGUCACAAGUAUAUACGCAGAGAUAGAAGGCAAGGUCAUGACAGAUUGUUUGCAGAUUAUUUUGCUGCAAAUCCAGUGUAUUCACCUACAAUAUUUCGGAGACGUUUUCGAAUGCGUCGUCCUUUGUAUUUGCGAAUUUUGAAUGCAAUUGAAGCACACAAUCCAUAUUUUGUUCAAAAACAAGAUGCAGCUCGUGUACUUGGAUUAUCUGCCCUACAAAAAAUGCCUUCAGCGAUGAGAAUAUUAUCAUACGGUGUCGCAGCAGAUGCAGUUGAUGAUUACAUACGUAUUGGGGAAAGCACUGUGAUUCAAAGUUUGCAACAAUUUUGUUACUCAGUCAUUGAAAUCUUUGGCUUUAGAUGUAUGUUGGCUUUGAUGAAGAAGAUUGCUGAAAGGAAGGCAAUCUAUGAACAGAUGGUAUUUGAUACUUUAACGCUCCCCUAA